ACCCAACAACCCAUGUGAUGACAUCCUACAAAUACCUUCCUCUUACAACCCAAAAACCAGACAUCGUGAACACAUACACAAAAUCGACACUUAGAAGAAUUGUGAGAGAGACAAAAAGUUAUAACCAUGUCGAUGAAGCUGUUUGGUUCCAUAGUUCUUGCGGCGUGGUUCUUCAUGGCCACGCCAUCACGAGCCCAGUACGUGAUCGACACAAAUGGCGAACCCGUGGACAACGAUGAACAGUACUACAUCAAACCAGCCAUAACGGACAACGGAGGGCGCUUCACCUUGAUCAACAGAAACGAUUCGUGCCCUUUGAACGUUGGUCUCGAAAACACCGACACGGGACUAGGUUACCCAGUGAAGUUCACGCACUUUGCGCUCAACGUUCAAGACGAGGACAUUGGGGUGAACAGGGACUUGAAAGUGGAGUUCGUGGAAGUUUCAUCGACGUGCGUGCAGACGACGGAAUGGAGGGUGGCGGAGAACGACUCCGGGAGCGGCGGAAGGAGGCUCGUUAUCAGUGGCAGAGAUGAGAGUGCAGGACUGUACGGAAACUAUUUCAGAAUCGUGGAGACGGAAAGGGCAGGAAUCUAUAACUUCCGGUGGUGCCCUAUGGAACUUUGCUCCACUUGUGGAUUCGUUUGUGGCACUGGUGGCAUUCUGCGUGAGAAUGGAAAGAUUUUGUUUGCUUUGGAUGGUACUGCACUCCCAGUUGUGUUUCAGAAAAAAACAUGAUUGAUUCGUUCGAAGCACGAAAUUGAAGAUUCUGUUGUUGUUGGUUGUUCAUGUUGUUGCAGAAUAAGUUUUUUUUUUUUAUGGUAAAUGAAUAAUACCUAAUAAUGUGCUUGUAUUUUGUAUUCUGUUCUUCAUUUAUAUAAUAAAGUUCGUUUUGUUAUAUGUUA